AUGAGCGACUGGGAUUCUGUUACUCGCAUUGGCACUAAGCACCGCUCCGGCCCCGCUCCCCGCGAGACCGUCGUUAAGGGCAAGAGCGCUCUGAACGCCGCCCAGCGCUCCGGCCUUGUUAUUGGAACUGAGAAGAAGUACGCUUCUGGCAAUGCUGCCGGACGUGCAGGCGCCGUUGAAGGCCAACACCUGACCAAGGUCGACCGCAGCGACGACAUCGUUAAGCCCAAGACCGUCGGCCUGCAAGUUGCCGACGCUAUCAAGAAGCGUCGAACCGACGAGGGAUACAAGAUGACACAGAAGGAGCUCGCCACCAAGUGCAACACCACCGUCACCGUCAUCCAAGACUUCGAGAGGGGAACAGCCACGCCAGACCAGAAGGUGCUUAGCGCUAUGGAGCGUGUGCUGAACGUCAAGCUAAGGGGCAACGACAUCGGAGCCGAGAAGUUCCCUAAGAAGAAGUAA